GGUGCAGAGACAAGAAAUAAUCAAAAUGGCAGAACAUCUAUUUUACCCUGAAGAGCCCCAGAAACCUCUUCGGAUAGAAUAUAAUGGCCCACUAUACGAUAAAGGCGACUGGGAUCAAUAUCCGGUUCGCGGUGGCUGGAGGACGGAGACCGGCCCUGAAAAGUUCUCUUUACGUGCUAUUCCGCAGGAUCUUCGUGACUGUAUAGAGUGUUGGCUUUAUUUUGGUGUGUUGUGUUAUGUGUUUGGAGAGAAACUGGAGCAGAAUGAUUUUUUGCUUCGUGAUGACAAGCAGUACUUGACUACGAGGGAAUUGAAUAAGUAUGUCGAGAAUGCAAAGGACUGGAAAAAGAACAAGCUGGGCGAACGAGCUAUACUCAUCGUGCAAACGGUGUGCGAGCAGCUGUCUAGAUACAAAUCUAUUCUGCGAGAUGAGAUGAAGUUGGCAAUUCGCCUAAUUUGCCAUGCUCUCUGGAACAUCUCUGUAAAACGAGACGGGCCACAGACCAAAACCGGCCAUGUACAAAUAUGGCUUCUCAGCACACAGUACGAGGCCGAUCAAUUACUGAAGCAUGGAUGGUGUCCCUGGGAAGUCACAAAGGCGCGCAUGACAGGUGGAGGAGUCGAUACUCCUGCGUAUCUGCUUCAGUUGGUUCGGAAGAAGCCAGCCUGGGACAAGAAGACGCAUGAUUUGUGCAAGAAGACAGAAUGUGUGGUGAAUAACAUCAAAGAUGGCGAAUAUGCUACAAGACAUGUCACUGAGGAUUGCGCAUGCGCACAUCUACAGGCUGAUAUCCAACAGUUACAUACUAUUCUGCUGGAAGGAGGCGUUCCACUCCUUUGCAUAUCACCACCUGAGAGUAAAGACGAUGGAUUCAAGAUUGAGAUUGUCCGAAAACGUUCUAGUAGGCAAUAUGUCGCCAUUUCGCAUGUAUGGUCCGAUGGAUUAGGCAAUGAGAACGGCAAUACGCUGCCACAUUGUCAAAUACAACUCCUUUACGAACGGGCGAGACGUCUGGCUACGGAUAAGGAAUAUGUGCCCCGACAUACCGGUGGCCCAUUUGGACAAUUACAUACCGGUGCAUCGCGACUUGCUCAUUUCGCUAGCAGUCAAACUCGGGGGAAAGAUGAGUCGGUACUCAUAUGGAUUGAUACGUUAUGUAUACCGCAUCAGCGCGAUGUGCGGAGUUUGGCGAUUCAGCGGAUUCGCGAGGUGUAUCUUGACGCGUAUCGGACUAUGAUCCUCGAUUCGGAAAUGAGACAGGUCGAAUCACAGUCUACACCUCCGCUGCAACUUCUCCUACGAGUACUCUACUGCUCAGGCUGGAUCAGGCGCCUAUGGACUCUCCAAGAAGGUCUCGCAGCGAAAAGCAAACUCUAUGUUCUAUUUUCCGACAAAGCAAUCAAUAUAUCCACCAUCGCCGAUGAGAUCCUGUCCAAAAUCGACAAGGGUAAAAUACUUAUCUUGCAGGAAAAUGUAGCUUUUUUCGCGAUGGCUGUCUGGUUCUCAUUUUUUAAACAUACCAUCGACUAUGCAUCCAAGUUUGAGCGCGCGGUUGACGUUUUCACCAGUCCGUUUAUAAAAGGUGGUCUUACGAAAGAGAAUCUGCUUUCCUGGAAUUGGUACAAUGUCGCUAUGCGCGCUACUAGUAAAGCUGGAGACCGUCCUAUCAUUCUAGCCGGCGUUUUGAAUCUUGACGUCAAGGAGAUUCUGGAUGUCAAGGGUGACUCCGACGAGCAAAAAUCUGACGAACGCAUGCGUAAGUUUUAUAGUUUAUUAGACGAGUUUCCGCAUGAUAUCAUAUUCCAGGAAGGACCUCGGUUUGAAGAAGACGGGAUGCGCUGGGCGAUGAAGGUGUGUCAGUUCCUUGACGAACCGCGAUAUCUCGGUAGUGCAAUUGGAAAGAUUACGCCCAAGGGUUUGCAGAUAUCGACCCUGUGGUCGUGGUUGUUCCCAUCUCACGUUGCGUUUGAUUUGAGUGUGAUUGAUUUCGAUGAAGGGCAGCGUGCUUGGGAGAGGUGGCUUGCUGAAUAUCAGUUGGAAGAUGCAACUACGACGAAUCUAUGUGUGUUCAAGCCAAAGGUUAAGGUUGAAUUGAAGCCGGAAGGGAGUUAUGGGAUUAUCCUGAUGGAGACCAAGGGUUCGAGGCCUGGUGGACUGAGUUUGUGUGCACUGGUGGAAUUGCAGACUGACACAGAUGGAGUUAAUUAUGCGAGGUAUAUUGGUGUUGGCACUGUUAAGGGUAUGUCUGAUUUUGCGGAUUUGCCAGAGGAUGGAUAUUUGUUGCCGUUUGGAUGGGAUAGCUUACAGAAACGGGAAUGGGUUGUUGGAUGAUUGAACCCAUUAGAUAUCGAGAUUCGCAGUCGUCUGAAGUCCUUUAGAAUUAUAUACAAAUAGUCAGGAUGAUUAUGAGUGAGUUCUAGCUAAUAUGAGAUGAUGAGUC